AGAUGUUCCCCACACUACUCCGUACUAAAGAAUCCUUGCCCAUGACCUGAAAUUAAAUCGGUGUCGCCCAUUAAUUCCAAUUAUCACACACUCAGAAAUUCGGAGAAGGGCUUAUGAUCCGUAUUGCUUUAUCUCAGCACUGGAAACCUAGGCUCCCUCGAGGUUCUGUUAUUUACAGCUGUUAUCUCAUACCGUUCUCUCAAGUUACCAUACGAAUCCCCUGGAUCGCCCAGGCUUCGAGACGUAGCAUGGCAACUGUUAUUCACUCACCUCGGGAUCCCAACACCCUGAGCAACUAUAAUAAUUGGGUCUCUACCCAUAUAACCGCAAAUUUCGAUAUCUUAUUUGAACAGAAGAAGCUUGUUGGCAAUGUUGUUCAUAAGCUCAGGUCCAUCACCGAUGCAAGAUCUACGGAAAUCAUCUUGGAUACGAACCACGUGGAUAUCGGUGAUGUGCGAGUCGACGGCCAAGCUUCUCACUGGGAGCUCCUUCCCACACUGGAGCCAUAUGGUACUGCAUUGAAGAUUAAGCUUGAGCAGGGCGUGGGGUUGAACGAAAUGGUCGAGGUUGAUAUCUCGGUUAAGACGACCGAAAAAUGCACUGCCCUUCAGUGGCUGACUCCAGCCCAAACUUCUAAUAGGAAACAUCCAUAUAUGUUUUCUCAAUGCCAGGCUAUCCAUGCACGGUCAAUUUUCCCAUGUCAGGAUACACCAGAUGUCAAGUCUACUAUUGACUUCAAUAUUACUUCACCUCUCCCUGUGGUUGCCAGUGGAAUACCCGUUCGAGACAUCAUAGAAAAAGCAGCCCAACCAGGCAGUAAAACUCUGUACCAGUUUCACCAGAAAUUGCCUAUCCCAAGUUAUCUGUUCGCGUUGGCUAGUGGUGAUAUCUCGGAAGCUGCAAUUGGGCCCCGGAGUGUUGUUGCAACUAGCCCUGACAAACUUAGUGAAUGCCAGUGGGAGCUUGAAGCGGACACUGAAAACUUCAUAAAUGCAAUUGAGAAAAUCGUCUAUCCUUAUGCUUGGGGCGAGUACAAUGUCCUGAUUCUUCCCCCUAGCUUUCCAUACGGAGGCAUGGAAAACCCAAUCUUCACCUUCGCGACUCCCAGCAUUAUCUCAAAGGAUCGGGAAAAUGUCGAUGUUAUUGCUCACGAACUCGCUCAUAGCUGGAGUGGUAAUCUUGUCACCAAUGCUUCAUGGGAACACUUCUGGUUGAACGAAGGCUGGACUACUUACCUUGAGAGACGUAUCCUAGCUGCGGUACAUGGUGAGGCCUAUCGACAUUUCUCAGCCAUCAUUGGUUGGAAGUCUCUUGCGGAUUCUGUGGAGCAUUUUGGACAUGAUCAUCAGUUUACUAAGUUAGUCACUGAUCUUAAAGGGAAGGACCCUGACGAUGCAUUCUCAAGUAUUCCGUACGAAAAGGGAUUCAAUUUCUUAUUCCACUUGGAAAAUCUGUUGGGGAAGGAAAAGUUUGACCGAUUCAUUCCUCAUUAUUUUACGAAGUUCAAAGGAAAGUCUCUCGAUUCGUAUGAGUUUAAGGCAACCAUGCUCGAAUUUUUCCAGCAUGAUCUGGAAUCCUCCAACCUCUUGAAAAAUGUCGAUUGGGAUGCGUGGUUCUAUGCUCCUGGCUUGCCCCCGAAGCCACAAUUCGACACAUCCCUCGUUGAUGUGGUUUACGAGCUAUCUAGCAAAUGGAAAUCCCUUCCUGACUCAUCCUUUCAACCUCGGACAAGCGAUAUUGAGGGGCUGACAGCAAACCAAGUCGUGGUCCUCUUGGAGCAAAUUCUUCUGUUUGAGCGGCCGCUUACCCCUGACCUGUCGAGGAUUCUGGGUGAAGUCUACGGUCUCGCCAAGAGUGAGAACAUUGAAGUCGCCAAUCUCUAUUUUCAAGUAGGGUUAAGGGCCGGCGACGAUACCGUGUACAAACCAACGGCAGAACUCUUAGGCAAAAUCGGUAGGAUGAAAUUUGUACGACCUCUAUACCGAAAUCUACAAAAGGUUAAUCGCCCUCUUGCCAUCGAGACCUUUGAGAAGAAUAAAGAUUUCUAUCAUCCCAUCUGUCGCGCGAUGGUUGAGAAAGAUCUCUUCGGAAAGAGGGAAGAGUAGGUUCAGAUCAUAACUUAGAAGUCGCCUCUGCUUGAUCGUCUGUGUGCCAGUCUAUCAUGAUUGUCAUCCCAACAGUUAUGCUUGGGUUUGGAUUGAGAAGAGUCUAUUAUUGCUCAAGGUGUGUGGCAGCCGCUCUGAUGCAGUAUAACAUAGUCAAAAGCAUCACAGCAUCUACUUGUAUAAGCAUGUAUUCAGCAAUUCUAUACAAUAUGCAUAGAUGCAUUAUGAAAC